AUGAAUAAAAAGUACAUAAAAUUCAAGAGUAAAGAAAAAAACCAACAAGGAGCAUCGAUAGAUCGAAUAAGAAAGAGAAAAGAUACAGGACUCAAAUAUAAUAGUAUGAUGAUAAUAAUAACACAUUAGAUUAAUUUCGCAAUACCAAUUCUAACAGGAGACUAAAUCUCUAAGACUCUGCAUAAAAAAGGAAGCACAAUUAUGGAUACCCAAACCGAUGGGAAGCAGCUUAUCUAUUUUCAAUGGAUGAUUAGAUGAUAAGAUACGCAAUAAUGGCCAAUAAAUACAAAAACAAGUACAAUAACUUGGUCAUGAUUUAUGGCACAUAUUGGACUAACAUGAUAAUUAAGAAAUAAACUUAUCAGAGAUCUAAAAUAAGUUUAAUGAGGGCAAGAAUUGUUAGUUUUGAUCAAAUAAUGACAUAAAUUUAAGGAGGCUUUGAGAGGAAAGCGAUGUCUUUUUUUUGA